CAAGGGCAUUUCAGUCAAAACAAGUUUACCAUUAGCAAAUAAAAAAAGAGUUCAUUUUAGGUAAGAAACCUACACGAAAUAAAUAAGAGUUGAAAAGGGCCUGUUUUACAUUUCCUACAGAAUAUUUUUACAGAAAACCAUGGAGUUGCCGGAUAUUCCUUUUACCUCUGCAGAUGAUUUUUACGACGACCCUUGUUUUAAUACAAGUGACAUGCAGUUCUUUGAAGACCUCGACCCGAGACUGGUGCAUGUUGGUCUUCUAAAGCCGGAGGAUCACCAUCACAACGAGGACGAGCAUAUUCGAGCUCCGAGUGGGCACCACCAGGCUGGCAGGUGCCUGUUAUGGGCAUGCAAAGCCUGCAAAAGGAAGACCACCAAUGCAGACCGUAGGAAAGCUGCUACUAUGCGGGAGAGGAGGAGACUUGGCAAGGUCAAUGACGCAUUCGAGACCCUGAAAAGAUGUACCUCCACGAACCCAAACCAGAGGCUCCCCAAAGUAGAAAUACUGCGUAAUGCCAUCAGCUAUAUCGAGUCCCUCCAGGCCUUGCUUCGGGUCGGACAGGAGGAGAACUAUUACCCCGUUCUGGAUCACUAUAGUGGAGACUCAGAUGCGUCCAGUCCUCGCUCCAACUGCUCUGACGGCAUGAUGGACUUUAAUGGGCCUUCAUGUCCACCAAGACGAAGAGACAACUAUGAUCGCACCUAUUUUAACGAAGCACCAAAUGAUUCCAGAACCAAGAACUCUGUAAUUUCCAGUUUAGACUGUUUAUCAAGCAUCGUCGAGCGAAUUACAACGGAUACUUCAAGCUGCCCCGCAGUACAGGAGGGGUCCGACUGUAGCCCUUGCUCCCCUCAAGAGGGUUCUGUCGUUAGUGAGACUGGAGCACCCACACCGUCUCCAACCAACUGCGUCCCGGCAUCGCAUGACCCCAACACUGUCUACCAGGUGUUGUGAGAAUCCCAUGGAUUCUGAGAGAGAAGCACCGGGGGACAAAACUUUUUGAACAUUCUUGAGAACAAAUGUAUUCCUGAUUCAGUAUGGAAUUUCUACGCCAUAGGUCAAUUGUUUGCCAUAGAUCGCUGGCUACGAGGCAAUGGUGAAGUUACCAGGCUUUGGCAAAGCGACCACAUUCUUAAAACAGCCUAAAUUAGGUCUAUAUUGAAAUGUUUAGGCCUGUCAGCGAUGCUAUUGAUUCAGGAAUAGCAGUAAUACCAAGUGAAAUAAUCUUAAUAGCCUACAGUGGACUUUUUUGUUAUGUUUCCUGAUUCCAGUUGGUUAAAAUUGCAUUUUAAAGACAAAACAAUCCGGAAAAUGAGGACCAUUUUGUAUAUUUGUAAAUAAGUUGUCAGAAAAAAUAAUAUGCAGAAUCGUAUGCUUAUUUAAUUGCUUGUUCAAACGAAGUCUUGGAUUGUUGUGUACAAUGUUUAACUAUAGGCCUAUUUAUAAUGGCCGGGUUUCCCAGAUUCGUUAA